GGGCCGGCCGCCCCUCCACAGCCGAUGUACAUGAUCACAGCCACCACCGGAGGCGGCGCUAUGUAUCACGCGCCGCCGCCAAUGGUGCGACCGGUAACCGGCCCACCCGGUCAAGGGUACUACCACAUGCAGCAGCGGAUGGGGUCUGAAGUUUACCGGGAACAGCCGGUGUACAAUGUGGUACCACAGCCGCAGCAGCAGCCAAGUACUCUGCCGCCGCAGCAGCAGCCAAGUAAUCUGCCGCCGCAGCCUCAGCCAAGUUCUCUGCCUCCGCAGCCCCCAAAAUAUGUGGCGACGUACGCCGAGGCGUCGCCGUAUACUCAGAUGGCGUACGAUAGCGUGACGGGGAGGCAGGUGUACUAUACUGCGCCAGGAGGUGGGAUUAUGCAGCCACCGCAGCAGCAGGCGUACCAAGCUGUGGGUCCCCCGGCAGUUGGUGGUGAAUUGCGAGUGGCCAGCGGGUUGAGUCAAGAGGGUAAGGUGGUGGGUUCAAAGCUUCCACAGACUUCGGUGUGAUAUUUAAUUUUUAAUAAAAAUUACAACAUAAAUAUAUAUAUAUUAUAUAAUAUAAAUAGAUGAGAUAAAUUUGAAAGUUAGUUAUGUUUCUGCUGGUCUCGUGUUUGAUAACAUAUGGUGGAAGUAUUAUUAUUAGUUUUUGCUUUUCAUUUUGUAUGCUUUGUUCGAGAGAAAGAUAUUAAUGGCUUUUGUGCUGUGUCUUGCUAUUUAUCUUUUUUGAGAAAAGAGCCAUAGUAUUAUUGAUA